AUGGUUAACAAAUACAAACCCCCCAAAAAUCUUAACUGUCAAUUAUGGUAUGCUAGCAGAAGUGUUCCUGUUAUAGCUCCUGUAACCAAAUACAGAUUUUUGUGUUUCCAUGAAGUUGUAGCGGUGAAGAACCUGUCGCUUCAGCCAUAUAUGCUGGAGUGUGGCGUUCCACCUAAGCACAGUCAUCAGGUACCCGAGUCUGUGUCGUUGGUAGAGGGACGCUGCGACCAGCCCACCAACAACCUUCGUGUCAUCCAUAAUCUUCCGACCGGAGACCGCAAGGCAGAUUUUGCUGUGUGCGUAAAAGGAAUGAAGUUUUUUAAGGAUGAAAGCGUGCGUCUGGUGGAAUGGUUGGAACUCAAUUUCCUUCUUGGAGCAGAUAAAAUAUACUUAUAUGAAAUCGAGACCCAUCCGAACAUCUCAAAAGUACUGAAGCAUUAUGAAUCUCGAGGAAAAAUAGAUGUGAAAAAAUUUUCUCAACCUGGUGAGCUGCCAAAUGUUCUCGGAUUACAGGAGAUAUUUUUUAGAAAGUACAAGUCAACAAUAUGUGCAGCGGAAGACCUAAUGUACAAUGACUGUCUGUAUAGAAAUAUAAACCGAUACAAGUUUGUAGCGGUCAUUGACAUCGAUGAGGUUCUCAUGCCGAAGACGAAGUCUAGUUGGAAAGAAAUCAUGGAAAGCAUAGCACCGGGAGUGCUAUCAGGUAAAGACUACAAGUGGUCGUCUUUCGCCCACUACAUGGUGUAUUUCUUGCCCGUUAUGCAACAAAAGCACGGGUGGGUGAAUGACGUGCCUCACUUCAUGCCUAUGCUGCAAAACCUUCACCGUGCUGCCAAUCACAGCUUUUCUAAGUGGCAGAUCAAGUCCAUUCACGACACGCAGAGAGUCCUUACCAUUCACAAUCACUUCCCUUUCAAUUGUCUGGGAGGCAAAUGUUCUACCUUGUUCAUACCAAGAGAGACUGCACAAUUAAAUCAUUACCGCAAUGACUGCAGAUGGACACUGAGAAAAGAGUGUCCCUAUUACAAAAAUCAUACUAUUCUCGAUGAUAGCAUCUUGAGAUUCAAGGCACCACUACUGAACAAUACUCUUAACACACUUUACCAACUCGGAUUCCUCAAGGAGUAG